CGCGGAAAAAUUUGCGAGUCGUGGCCCUGGCGUCUUCAAGACCUAACUUUAAUGUUAAAUAGAUCGAAAACCGUGCUUACAAUUGAACAAAAGGUGUACAAGAUCAAGAGGAUAAUAUCAUGUCCGUGAUGAGUGAGCCGAGCUAUGCCUAUGCCUCAUGGGCGGCUCAAAGAGCCUCUGGCUUUGGCGGCAAUAUUAGCGUCGUGGACAAGGUACCACCUGAAAUGCUGCACAUGGUAGACGCCUACUGGUACCAAUACCCCCCUAUGAACCCACUUUGGCACGGCAUUUUGGGAUUUGUUAUUGGGGUUUUGGGCUUCAUCUCCAUCGUAGGAAACGGCAUGGUUAUGUACAUAUUUUCGAGUACAAAGGGCUUGAGGACACCAUCGAACUUGUUGGUCGUUAACCUCGCCUUUUCUGAUUUCUUGAUGAUGUUUACCAUGUCGCCUCCUAUGGUAAUUAACUGUUACAACGAAACAUGGGUUCUAGGGCCAUUUUUCUGUGAAUUGUAUGGCAUGUUCGGUUCACUGUUUGGCUGCGGAUCCAUCUGGACUAUGACCUUCAUUGCAUUGGACCGGUACAACGUCAUCGUGAAAGGAUUGAGUGCACAACCACUGACAAAGAAAACCGCUAUGCUGAGAAUCCUCCUUGUUUGGGCAAUGUCCAUCGGUUGGACGAUAGCUCCCCUAUUUGGAUGGAACCGAUAUGUGCCGGAGGGUAACAUGACCGCCUGCGGAACCGAUUAUCUCUCGAGAGAUCCAGUUAGUCGAAGUUACAUUAUGGUUUACGCCAUUUUUGUAUAUUUCCUUCCCUUAUUCACCAUCAUCUAUUCCUACUGGUUUAUCGUCCAAGCGGUCGCCGCUCACGAGAAAUCUAUGCGGGAGCAGGCGAAAAAAAUGAACGUGGCCUCUUUAAGAUCUUCAGAGGCGGCUCAAACAAGUGCCGAGUGCAAACUGGCUAAAAUCGCACUUAUGACCAUUUCGUUAUGGUUCAUGGCGUGGACACCAUACCUGGUGACAAAUUUCUCGGGAAUCUUCGGCAAUGCGAAGAUCACUCCAUUGGCCACCAUCUGGUGCUCGCUCUUUGCCAAGGCUAAUGCCGUCUACAAUCCUAUCGUUUACGGAAUCAGCCAUCCGAAAUAUAGACAGGCUCUCGAGAAGAAGUUCCCAUCGUUGAUAUGCGGCAGCGAGAAAGAUGCUGGUGAUGCUACUUCGACAGCGUCUGGAGCAACAAAUGUGACGUCAGAUGAAAAACCUGAAGCUUAAAAGGGUCUCAAAUAGCAUAAGAAACAUUUCGACUGGUGAUAAAACUAGAUGUAUUUGUAAAUACUAACUACUAAGGAAAUGAAAGAAAAAAGAAAACGCGAUGACGUUGCAAAGUUUUUUGUUAACAAUAAACCUGCGAGCAUUAA